AUGAUCACCCAACACCUGGAGAAUUUCGCCGUUUGUGGACUCCCGCCGUUAUUUGAGUUGAGUCUUCGCACAAUUGCCGAGCAAGCAUCUACACUGCGGCAGACCGCCGAUUUAUCCGACACAUUCCCUUUCGCCAGAUGGGCGGAGGAGUUCAAACACAAAUUAGCAGGAUUCAGCUUCGCCUGGCCAGCCUACAGCUCUUUGGUGUCUGCCAUGGAAAGGUGGCAGCUAUCUAAAGAUGUUACUGGGCCAUCUGCAUUCUCAGGUCAAGUGGGAAAUGCACCUGUGUUGCCAUUGCAAGGAAGUUCUUCUGUUCUAGGCUCUAUGCAAACUCCAAAUGGAGCUCGUGGCUUAGUUUCCAAUAGCGAAGGCCAUUACGCCUCUUCCAUUAUUGGCAUCAGCAUGCCAGUCGAUGCACAGUCCAUAACACCUAAAGAUACGGUGAUGGAGAACGCAGAUUUGGGCAUGAUGGACGUGUCUAUGCAACGGCCGAUGGAAGCCCAACAAGUCAUACCAGAUCAAGGAAUUCCGCGCAGUGGCCCAGACUCCAUGUAUGCCCCGAAUAGCGCACAGUCACAGCCGCAACAAUCACAACAACCUCAAACGCCCGACUCGACAAGCUCUAACUCAAUGAUGCCCGGAAAUGCUGCAUCUAUAGGUAAUAUCGAUGCUAUCUUCAAGGAUCUCGCAUAUCUCGAUACUACGGAAUGGGCUACCAACCGCGAAGCUGGCUUGAAGGACUUUGGCUUCUUGGAUGAUAGCACCUUCCAGGCCUUUUGUCAUGAUCCAGAUCGGUUGGUUGGGUCACAACCUUUGGUUCAUCCGCCUUCCAUUGCAGAUAUUUGGCCGCCUCCUGGGUUCUUCCCAGAGACCUUCCAGGAGGCCCCUGAGGAAUCUAUGGCUGGCUGA